AACAGUCAGUACGUAACGAACGGCCAGACAAAGUAGUUGGGAGACGAAAGAACGCGGCGCUUAACAUUUUUCGAAACGGUCCACCAGUGAGUCAUCUAGUAGGCGACGCAACAGCUUCGCCAUGGAGAUUAGCUUGGUAACGCUGGCCCUUUUGGUCGGCUUGUGUGUGGCAGCUUACCGGUACUGCACCAAGCACUACUUUUACUUCGCGGACAAACCAAUCCCCUUCCUCAAGCCAUCGUUCCCGUUCGGCAAUGCCGGCCCCAUACUGAUGAAGAAGGUGACACUGUUUGAGCACUUCAAAAAUCUGUACGACGCGUUCCCCAACGGAAGAAUACACGGCAUGUUCAAUAUGCGGCAACCGGCGUACGUCGUGCGUGAUCCGGACCUGGUGAAGCAGAUCACCGUGAAGGACUUCGAUUACUUUGCCGACCACAUGACCACCGGCAUGGAGCAGUCCGAGGAGAACAACUCCAAUCACUUGCUGCUGGGCAACUCGCUCGUAUCGUUGCGUGGACAAAAGUGGCGCGAUAUGAGAGCCACACUUAGUCCCGCGUUUACCGGCAGCAAGAUGCGGCUGAUGUUCGCCCUGAUUGCAGAAUGUGGUCAAACGAUGGUGACAUACUUCCGGUCGGAAGAGCAGAAGGCUCGCGCGUCCGAAGGAUCCGGGUUGCAGCUCGAGAUGAAGGAUGUCAUGACGCGCUUCGCAAAUGACGUUAUCGGUACGGCCGCAUUCGGCAUUAAGGUGGAUUCGUUCCGCGAUCCAAGCAAUCAGUUCAUCAGUAUGGCCCGUUCGGUUACGAGCCAGGAAUCGUUGGUCAAGGCGAUCAAAAUGAUUGGCUUCACCUUUGCGCCGAAACUAAUGACGCGGUUGAACAUUGAUUUUCUUACGCCGGAAGAGGAUCGAUUCUUCCGGGACACGAUUAUGGAGACGAUGAGGACGCGGGAGGAGAAGGGCAUCUUCCGACCGGACAUGAUCGAGCUGUUGAUGCAGGCCAAGAAGGGUAGCCUGAAGCAUCAGCAGAAGGAGGAACCAAAGCAGGAGACUGACCAGGCUGCUGAAGGAUUUGCGACUGUUGAGGAGUCACAUGUCGGAAAGCGUGCCCAUGACCGUGUCUGGUCGGACACGGAGUUGAUUGCACAGGCUUUCAUUUUCUUCUUCGCUGGGUUUGAAACCAUUUCCUGGACGUUGUCUUUCGCGCUGUACGAGUUGGCUGUCAAUGACGAAGUCCAGGCCCGUUUGUAUGAGGAAGUGCGCGAAUCGGAACAAUCGCUCGACGAGGGACAAACGCUCAGCUACGAAAAGCUACAAUCGCUGCAGUAUCUCGAUAUGGUAAUUUCGGAAACACUGCGUAGAUGGCCCAUUGCUACGGUACUGAACCGGGAGUGCGUUCGAGACUAUCAGUACGACGAUGGACAGGGGGUGAAGUUUAUCAUUGAGAAGGGUGCCCAGAUCUUCAUACCCGUCGUUGGAUUUCACUUUGACCCGAAGUACUAUCCCAACCCGGAACGUUUCGAUCCGGAGCGGUUCAGUGAGGAAAACAGGAAGAAAAUUCAAACUGGCACGUAUUUACCGUUCGGUGCUGGACCGCGUAACUGUAUCGGAUCCCGAUUUGCACUGAUGGAGGCAAAGGUGGUCCUCUACUAUCUGUUGCUUCACUUCCAUGUGAAACCGUGCGCCAAGACCCAGAUACCGCUGAAGUUGAAAAAAUCCUCCACACAGUUCCAAACCGAACAAGGCAUUUGGUUGGAGUUCCAGUCGAGAAGCAGCUAGGUUCACAACCUCAACAUCAAUUUUAAUAUCUGUAGCUGUGGUAGGUUAAACGAUCAGCAUAAUAUAUAAUUAUCCAAUCAGUCA